UGUGUAUGUGUUUCGCAAAUGUUUGAAUAUCGAAAUAUGAAUUGGCCCUGGGGCAAUGCCUUCGACUUAUGUUUUAUCUUUUUCCUUGCUUUCUGUCUGCAGCAGUGCCAACCUGCUGACCGAAUACACCACCCCCGCGUUCGACAGAGGCCUCGACGAGCUCGUGCAAAGGCAGGUCAUCCAUUACGGCGUCCUCGACAUGCACCUCCAAGCCACGUCGAACACCACGGUCGCCACGGCGCUGACGAUACUGAAGCGAGUCAAUGACCACCUCGCUACUACGGCGGGUACUAGGCCACGGCAAUCGCUGAUGGCCAUCGCCAUGGCCCUUGACAACGUUGCCAGCCGCACUUACAUUGUGGGCCUAAUGAAGUGAGUUGUCACGACUACCGUUUGUUUAUUUUACUUCUCAGAGGUUGCUUUGCCGACUAAAAUACACCGGCUGUGACCUUCUGGACUGCGUAAAAUAUAUUUGCAGUUUUGCAGUGAUGGUGCAGAUACAGAGAACGGUGCAUCACAAACAUGCACCGAAAUCAGUGUAAUUUUUUUUUUUAUGCUGAAACUAGGGUGCCUCAAUGCCAGAAAGGAAAUUAGAGCUUGCCACCAUGAGCAGGCUUUCCUUCCGGGAAAACUCAAAAUUUCCCUAUUU